AUGGGGUCAAAGGUAUCAAAGGAUCUUGUUUUAGCUGAAAAGUCUGUGAUUAAUGGAUUGAUCUUCUGGCUAUGGCCUGUGAAAGGUCUUAGUCUUCUGUCUAUGGCUAAUAGUGGUCAAAACACAAAUGGAUCUCAGUUCUUUAAGCAACAACCUCAUCUUCAUGGAAAAUAUUUUAUGCUUGGAAAAGCUAACUUUUUUGCUAAGGAGUAUACUAAGUUAUUGGCCCACAAAAUUGGUCUGGUGGCUAUAUCAUUUGCAAAGGUAAUAGUGAGCUCCAUAAAACCGAGUAUAGAAAUAGUAGGAAGAAUUCCAGGGACUGACUUAUUCUGCAACACAUUGCAAUAUCCUGUGGCUAUUAAAAUCCCUGGCUUCUUAAUUGCUCGCAUCAACUCUGGGACUCUUUGCUUUGCCAAUGCCAGUUUCAUCCGAGAAAGGAUCAUGAGGUCGGUGAAAGAGGAAUGUAACUUGGAAGAAAUUACUAAAGGGAGACUUUAUGUCUUGGUCCUCGACAUGAGUAAUGUGACGAACAUCGACAGUUCUGGAAUUCAUGCACUCGAAGAACUACGUCACAAUCUCACCGCGCAAGACAUAGAAUUAGUCGUGGUGAAUCCAAGGUGGCAAGUGAUAACUAAAAUGAAGGCAGCAAAAUUGAUAGACAAAAUUGGAGGUAACAGAAUUUUCCUGUCCAUAGGAGACGCUGUGGAUGCUUUAAUUGAUCCCAAAAUUAAUGGCCUAGAUGGUUGUUAAUUUAAUUAUAAUUUUCUAAAAAUUAUUUGACCUCUCUAUACAUAAUGUAUAAUUAAUGGAUUGAAUAAUCAUUUUCCUAUGCUG